GAAGCCUAACUGGAAACGAGAUAUAUCCAAUAUUUGUCUUUUGUUGGGAUUGUAUUUAUUACAAGGUGUUAUCAUUGGCAUUACAGUCAGUAUUCCAAUAUUAUUACAAACAUAUGGUUCAACAUGGAAUGAACAAGCAAUAUACAGUUUCGCUUUUUGGCCAUUUAAUCUUAAAUUAUUGUGGGCACCUAUUAUUGAUUCAGUAUUUAUUAAACAUUUUGGUCGCCGAAAAACAUGUACAUAUAUCACGUAA